AUGACAAACCCCAAAGAAGUCACUCCUCCCCCUACUGCUGCUGCUGCUGCCCCGGGUGUCAAGGCCCUCGCUCACACCGCCCCUUCUCAACCCAACUCGCCUCUCGCCAAACGCCCCAAGACCGAAGCCAUGGCGGUUCCAGAGACCACCGAGACUGCGCCCGCUGUUCCUGCUGCUGCUCCUACCUGCCAGUUGCAGGUCAAGAAGCUGGUGCCGGAAGCCCGCGCGCCUACCCGAGGCUCUGCGUUUGCUGCCGGAUACGACUUGUACGCUGCAACGGAGACCGUGAUUCCCGGCAGAGGCAAGGGAUUAGUCUCGACUGGGCUUGCAAUUGCUGUUCCAGAGGGAACUUCUGACCUGGUGGUAGACGGAAGGAUAGCACCCCGCAGUGGGCUUGCGUCGAAGAACUUCAUUGACACUGGAGCCGGUGUUAUCGACGCCGAUUAUCGUGGAGAAGUCAAGGUGUUACUGUUCAAUUUCUCCGGUGUCAACUUUACCAUCAAGGAGGGUGACCGAAUUGCACAGCUCAUCCUGGAGAGAGUAAGUUUAUUGAACAGUCAAUCUGGCAUUGGCAGCUCAGUCAGUGGCUAA